GGAGAGCAGGGGGCGUGGCUUGCGCGUAGCACGCGAAAGUGCUGUUUGUCAGCCGGGGUGUGUGUGUGUGUGUGUGUGUGUGUGAGCGAGCAAGCUGAGCCAGUCUGAAGAUAUGGCAACUCCAAAGAAAGUGUGUAUCGUCGGCUCAGGGAACUGGGGUUCUGCCAUUGCCAAGCUCGUCGGGCUGAACGCAGGACAGAACUCGAAGUUCGACUCUCAAGUCAGGAUGUGGGUGUUUGAGGAGAUGGUGGAUGGCCGGAAACUCACAGAGAUCAUUAACACAGUGCACGAGAACGUUAAAUACCUGCCAGGACACAAGCUGCCGGAGAACGUGGUAGCGGUGGCGGAUCUCGUCGAGGCCGUCAGUGGUGCGGAUAUUCUGCUCUUUGUGAUCCCUCAUCAGUUUAUCCGCCGAGUGUGUGACACAGUGCGAGGAAAGAUUAAACAAGACGCUCUGGGAUUGUCACUUAUCAAGGGGGUGGACGAGAGUCCUGAUGGCCUGAAGCUGAUCUCGGCGGUAAUUCGGGAGAAGCUAGGCAUUAGUGUGAGCGUAUUAAUGGGAGCAAACAUCGCUAACGAAGUGGCAGACGAGAAAUUCUGCGAGACCACCAUCGGCUCUAAAGACAAGGCCCACGGAGCUUUACUGAAGGAGCUGAUGCAGACUGAUCACUUCCGGGUCACGGUAGUGGAGGAAGCGGACGUGGUGGAGAUCUGUGGAGCUCUGAAGAACAUCGUGGCGGUGGGCGCAGGAUUCUGCGACGGCUCGGGUUUCGGUGACAACACGAAGGCGGCUGUGAUCAGACUCGGCCUGAUGGAGAUGAUCGCCUUCGCACGGCUUUUCUGCUCCGCCGGUCCCGUUUCCUCGGAAACCUUCUUGGAGAGCUGCGGCGUCGCUGAUCUCAUCACGACCUGCUACGGAGGACGCAACCGGCGCGUGGCUGAAGCCUUUGCCAAGACCGGGAGGUCACUGGAGGAGCUGGAGAAGGAGAUGUUGAACGGUCAGAAGCUGCAGGGUCCAGCCACAGCUGCUGAGGUCCAUGUUGUCCUCAAAAACAAAAACCUUCUGGACAAAUUCCCCUUGUUUAGUGCAGUGUAUGAGAUCUGCUACGAGGGUCGUCCUGUUACAGAGUUCAUCGGCUUAUUACAGAAUCAUCCGGCUCAUUUGUGAGAGACAUGGCUCUGUGUAUGCGCAGGUGUGUGUGUGUGUGUGUGUGUGUGAGAGAGAGAGAGAGAGCGCUCAAGUGUGUGUCAUAACUGAUGUUUUGCAUCUUAUGUCUUCCAUUAUUAGUACUGUAACAGUGCAUUGAGGAUGAACAUUACUGCGCUGCGGGGUGUUUUUCUCCUUUUUUUGUGAGCAUUACAGCCGAGCGUUACAAAAUCUGUUCGUUUUAUAUAAACAUAAACGUCUUAAAGUA